GUUGUAAUUUAAUCAUACAUCAGCAUAUUGUCUACCACUUCAUGGUAGAGCUUCUGGUAGUCUUCCACUGAGCGGUUGUGGAUCCUCACAGGGCCGUCGUGGAGCAGUGGAGCGGAGGAGGACUGGUGGCUGGGGGCCACUUUGGAGACCAGUGGCAGCUCAGCAGGUGAGAUGGUUGCACAAGAUGUUGGAACCAAACCCAGCAACCCAGGCAUGUCAGCAGCUGAGGUGGAGGGCUGAGGACUGGGAAGAUGAUUCACCACCUCUGGACGUUCACCAGAAGGACAAGCCACGGAGGUCCACUUCCUCUUCUGGGGAGGUUUGGCAGUGGGAGCAGAGUGCUGGUGCACCUGAGGAAGGGGCCUUCUCCAGGAGCGGGCAUCAAGGUCAGUCUGCUUUGUACAUCUCUAGUCUGCUACAGGAUGGAACAUCCAAAUGCAGAGCAGUGGCUGGAAUGGCUGGAUGCAAAGGAGAAAAAACAAAAGCUUGUUGGCGGUCUUCAGAGCAAACAUGAACCUCAUCGGCAGGACCCUGAGGCCCAACGAGGACCUCGCCAACAGGCCCCUCAGGGACAACGAGGACCUCGCCAAACAGCCCCUCAGGGCCAACGAGGACCUCGCCAACAAGCCCCUCAGGGCCAACGAGGACCUCAUCACUAUGACCCUCAACGCCAACAAGGACCUCGCCAACAUUACCCUCAGGUACAACGAGGACCUCGCCAUCAGGACCCUCAGGGACAUCGGGGACCUUGUCAGCAUUUCCCUCAGGGCCAGCAAGGACCUCGUCAACAUGACCCUCAGGGCCAACCUGGACCUCAUCAACAGGACCUUGAGAUCAUCUCAAGGCAGGCGGCAGAAAUCUCCAGACUCAAGGAAGCUCUUCAACUGAAGAAUGAAACCUACGAGGAGCUGAUUGCAUGGUGUGAGGAAUCAAAUUUCCAAAAGGAGAUGGCCAAGUACAGAGAGUUGGAGACGGAAGUCAACAUGCUGCGGCAUGAGAACAAGGACCUGGCCACAAAACAUCAACGCCGGGAGACCGAGGUCAACAAGCUCCGGGAUGAGAUCAACGACCUGGCCUUAAAAUAUCAACGCCAGGAGACGGAGGUCAAUAAGCUGCGGAAUGAGAACAGCUAUCUGGCCUUAAAACAUCAAUGCAGGGAGACGGAGUUCAACAAGCUGCAGGAUGACAACAACGACCUGGCCGGAAAACAACAGGCUUUGGAGACCCAAAUCAAACUGAUGGCGAGUAAACUCAAUCAGGUGGAGAUUGAGAAGAUAAAACUGGUGGACAAAUGCCCUUUGGACAUGCCAGUUUUAGAAUCAAGGUUCCAAAAGGAGCUAGCCAAGAACACAGAGUUGGAGACGGAAGUCAACAAGCUGCGGGAUGAGAACAAGGACUUGGCCGGAAAACAUCAACGCUGGGAGACGGCAUUCAACAAACUGCGGGAUGAGAUCAAUGAUUUGGCCUUAAAAAAUCAACGCCGGGAGACAGAGUUCAAAAGACUGCAGGAUGAGAACAAGGACAUGGCCAGAAAACAUAAACGCCGGGAGACGGAGUUCGACAAAGUGUUGGAUGAGAAAAAUGAUCUGGCCUUAAAACAUCUACGCCAGGAGACGGAGGUCAACAAGCUGUGGGACAAGAACAACGACCUGGCCCAACAACAACAACGCCGGGAGACGGAGUUCAGCCAGUUGCAUGGCGAGAACAAGGUCCUGGAGGAUCUCUGUCUCAAACUGAAGAAGAAAAAGAAGACGUGGGGUUUCUUCUUUGGCAGGAGGGAAACAGAGGAUAGACAGACACAACUGGAGGAAUUGAAAAUCAAAAUGCUCAACAAGGAGGUGAAAAAGAAAGAGAAGAGGGAGAAAGCGUAGAUGAACGAGAGUCGUGACGGGGACAGUCGGGUGGAGAAGGCCGCUUGGUGUUGACACCAGUAGCUCCCUCUUCUUCCCCCCCUCACCUCUCCACCCUCUCUCCUCCAUCCACCUCACCUCCUCUCUUUUCAUCCCUCCUCCUUCUGUCCACCCUCCCUCCAUCCCACCUCCACCUUUACUCCCUCUCCCGUACCCCGUCGACUUCAGGGCGGCACAAUGGCUCAGUGAUUAAUGAUUAGCACUGCAGCCUCACAGAGACAGGUGGAGAUCCACCUGUCCAGCUGUAUGGAGUUUGCAUAUUCUCCCACGAUAUCAAAAGAUAUGCAAAUGAUUUGGACACUCAUUGUAUUUGAUUUAAGCCCUGGUGAUCAGGUCUCCUCCCUAAUAUACUAAAGGGACUGUUUGUAAGAAUCAGAAAUUCUUGUUAACAGCGCCACCUGUUGUGUGGGAGUCUUGUCUGAACAGCGUAGCCACACGCGAGCGCGCAUAUGCGAGUGUGCAUAUGCGACAUAUGCGAGCGCGCAUAUGCGUGCGCGCAUGGGACACCGACCCCGGUGAUUUAUACGUGUAAGAAGUUACAAACAGUCCCUUUAAGUAAUUGUUCAUAUGUUUAGAGUGUCAAGUGAGUUGACACUCUACUUAAAUCAAUCACAUACAAUCAAUCAUGGAGUUUUCCCCCUGUUGUUCAGGUUUCUCCCUCAGUCCAAAUAUAUAAAUAAAUAUCAAUAAUAAAAAUAAAUAUUCAAUAAUA